UUAGCUUGCUAAUCCCUUUAUGGGUUGAAAAAAUACACCCCUAUUAUUAUAGUAAUUAUGGUAUUAAAUUUGUGUUGCAUUUAAUAAUCUUUGGGAAUUAAAAACUCUUAUUAAUUACUUUUUUUUAAACUACCAUUGCACUGAUACAACUAUCAUUGCACAUUCCUAUUUUGAACUACCAUUGCACUGUUACAAUUACCAUUGCACAUGUACACUGAUAUCAUUGCACUAGUAGAACUACCAUUGCACCUGUACACUGAUAUCAUUGCACCGGUAGAACUACUAUUGCACUGAAAAAAGGAAAAUAAUUAAUAUGAGUUUUUUAUUCAGAUAGAUUAUUAAAUGCAACACAAAUCAGUUACCUUAAAAGCCUAUAAUUAAUAGGGGGUGUCAUUUUUCCAACCCAUUUAGGGGUAGUCAUGCUAUCUCACCCCCAACAUUUGAGCCAAAAAAUGGGAUCGAUUCACUUGCUAACCCCUCUAUGUGGUUGGAAAAAAUGACAUCUUCUAUUAAUUAUAGUUAAUUAUGGUAUUAAAUUAGUGUUGCAUUUAAUAAUCUUUAGGAAUUAAAAACUCAUAUUAAUUAAAUUUUUUUUAAACUACCAUUGCACUGAUAUAAUUAUAAUUGCACUUGUACACUAAACUCAUUUUAAUUACAUUCCUUUUUUUGAACUACCAUUGCACUGAUACAUUGCACCUAUACACUGAUAUCAUUGCACGGGUAGAACUAUCAUUCCACUGAAAAAAGGAAAGUAAUUAAUAUGAGUUUUUAAUUUAGAUAGAUUAUUAAAUACAACACAAAUCAAUUAUCUUAAAAGCCUAUGAUUAAUAGAGAUGUCAUUUUCCAGGGGUAGUCAUCCUUAGACCUGGCAAUCGAGCCGGGUUGGGCAAUUUCGGGUUGGGAACUUCGGUUACGAGUCUGGUCAUGUUUGGUUGGCUUAUUUCGGGUCAAAUAUUGACCCAACCCAUUCGGUUUUGGGUCGGGCUACAUGCUUCAUAUUUUCUUAAGGAACACAAAUUUUCACAUAUGCAUGGAAAUAGUUUACCUAACACAUGUCAAUUAACAUAUUCCUCCCACGUUAAUGAAAUGAAAUAUAAAUUGCGCAAAUCGUCAAAAAACAAUCACAAGAGUAAUACUACUACAAGAAACACAUGAUAUUUGAUUAUCUUUAAACUCCAAACAUGUCAUUCAAAUCCUUGUGAUUUUUCUUAAACAUCUCACCAAUUUAUGAGUAAUUUUAUCAUAUUUUGGGAGUAAUAUAUUAAAUGAAACGGGUCUAACGGGUCUAACGGUCGACCCUCUAACCCACCCAACUCGACCCAAAAAAUCACGAAUUAUUGGGUUCUGAUCAUUCGAAUUUCGGGUUAAAAAAUUUCUAAUUUUCGAGCGAUUUCGAAUCAGAUCAACAAGUCAGAAUUAUAAUUUGCCACUUCUAGUCAUCCUAUCUAACCCCAUAAAAUUGUCUUUAACGUUUUGGCGAAAAAGCCCCAACUUUAAUUUGUUUGUGGGCUGUGACAAAUGUAAUGAUUGACCAAGUUCGCUGUUUGUUAACUACAGUCAGCGAUCAUCACUCACUGUUACUAAUUUAAUCGUGGAAACUUAAUCCUUGGGGAUCGAAAACCAUAUACUUCAAUCCAAUCGAGGCAGAGAAGAGGAAAGUAAGAAACUUUCCCGUUUGGGCAUGUUUCAUUUCAUUUUUUAAUGUUCUUUUUCUCCCUCACGGCAACCUCCAAUGGAUCUUUUCGAGGGGAGGAAAAUGCCCGCACUUUCCGUUUGUUUCCCGGGAAAGAAAAAUGAUUUUUUUAUUGAUAUAAACAUCCGAAAAGAAAAGGAAAAAAUCUAUAUUGGGUUGCAGGCUGCUGCAGUGGAAGUUGAGGUUAUGGUGGCGCCACGUCGUUGAGGUGGGAAUAGAGCGGGAAAAAGAUAAUGAAUGGCCACAGAGUGAGUGAACCUUAUUCUUCCAUGGCAAAAGCCAACAGAUAACACUUCUUCAGCCCACCAUUUUUUUAACAAGAAGAAAACGAGAGGAAACAAAUUUCGUCCUUUUUUAAAAAAAAAAUCUUCGCAUUCAUAAAUGAAGUAGCAGUCGGUCGGUUGGCGUAGCCGUAGGGCCUCCUGAUGAAGAAGCAAUGGUGUAAAAUAGAAGUAGAAGAAGUGUGCAUUUGUAUUUGAUCCUGUUGUUUUUUUCCCCAAGCUCCCUUUUGCUCCAAAUUUCACCUCCCAAAUCUGCAUGUAGGGGGUUUUUCUUUUUGUGUGGGUUGCCUUUGUUUUCUAGUGGUUAGGAAAAGAACAGAGAACCCACAUUAAAGGGAGGGUGGGAGGGGGGGAAAAGAUCAGAAAUUCUUCUGAGGUUGUCAAUUCUCAACAGUACUUUCUUUUCUUUAAUUUGCCCCAAGCUGCAGCAGGACUAGUGUUGGUGAUUAUUGUCUUACGUUUGUGUGGUUCAGGAGUAUCUUCACCUUGCUUCCUUCACUGAAUCUGUGGUACGCUUUCCUCUCUUCUGCCUUUCUAUCUCUAUACCAGGGCUGUACCGGUGAUCAAUUAGUGAGCUUUUAUUGGUUUUGUUCAAAAGAACAAAGCUUGUUUUGGUUGUGAUGGUGUUUAUGGUUGUGUAGAGUGCACGUGACAAUAAGGUAGUUUUGAAGGUGUUGGGUGAGUUUUGGUUAGUAUUCAUUUCAUGGGGUUGUGGAGCGCGUGUGUUCUGCUGCUGUGUGCUUUUUCUGCCUGAAAUGUGCUUUAAUUGUGAAUUCUUAUAUGGGUGAUCAAUAAUUUUAUAUCUUUUAUCUUGAAAACCAGAAGCAAGUUUCCAUUGAUCAGUGGUUUCUUGUGCCCUCUUCUGUGCUUUCUUUGGUUGUUCAUUCUUUGUUCCCCUCGUAAUCAUGGUUCAACUGUUGCUUAUUGAUCUGUUGUUAAUUGCACCGCAGGAAAGAAGUUUUGUUCAUGCCACACAAGUGUUUGCUUCUGGGGUUUUUGCUUUCUUGCUUGGGAAUUCGCAUUUGAAACUGAAGAUGGUCUUUGUUGGAAGUAGAGGUCCUGGUAGAACUUGGGGAGUUGCUCUACUUCUUAGGUCUUCUUGUUCUUCUGGUUUACUUGCAUUCCAUGGAAGUGACCAUGGAGCUUUCCCUUGACUCUGUGCGGUUGAACCCUGAUAGUGCAAUAGAAUCUGAGAGCUUCAUAGUUGCUGACUGUAUUCAAGUACCUGUGUUGCUUAAUUUCAAGUCUGGGGAGGAGGCUGUUAGGUUAGCAAUGGGAAGCCUUAAUUUGAGCCAUCAGGUCACUUCACCUGGAGGAUGAAGUUUCUCUGGACCAAUUUGUCCAGGCAAUGAGGUGGGGAGGCGAUGUUAGCUUGAGGCACUGGUUGGACAAACCCGAAAGACCGGUUGAGGAAUUCGAAUGCUUGCACAUAUUCUCUCAAAUUGUUGACAUUGUAAAUAUAGCACAUUCUCAAGGGAUUGUAGUCAACAAUGUUCGACCUUCUUGCUUCUUUAUGUCUUCCUUUAACCAUGUCUCUUUCAUUGAAUCUGCUUCUGGUUCUGAUUCCGGGUCCGACUCUUUAGAAGAUGGGUUGAAUCAUAACCAGGGUCUUGAGCUUAGAGAUUCUUGCUCUCCUUUGCUUCUUGCCAUCUCCCAGCAGCAGAAGAGUGCUGGUGGAAGUGAGGAUUUUCGGCCUGUAUCAACAAAUGCUUUCUCUGAAACUAGCUGCAUACAAUCAAGCUCAGCAUGUGGGACUCGAGUGCCAUUAGCAGAGGACAAUGAAGAAGAUAAUGAUAGGAAUGUUGGGGAAGGAGAAAGAAAGCAACCACCGUUUCCUAUGAAGGAAGUUUUGCUUAUGGAGACUGGUUGGUAUACCAGUCCUGAAGAGGCUGCUGGUUCGACAAGCUCCAUUGCAUCAGAUAUAUAUCGGCUUGGUGUGCUUCUCUUCGAGUUGUUCUGCCCUGUCAGUUCAAGGGAAGAAAAGAGCAGAACUAUGUCUAGUUUGAGGCAUCGAGUACUCCCUCCCCAACUGCUGCUGAGGUGGCCAAAAGCAGCUUCUUUUUGCUUAUGGUUGUUGCAUCCAGAGCCUAGCAGUCGGCCUAGUGUGAGUGAUGUGUUGCAGAGCGAGUUUCUUGCUGAACCAAAAGAUAAGCUAGAAGAGCGUGAAGCAGCCAUACAGCUGAGAGAGAGAAUAGAAGAGCAAGACCUGUUGCUCGAGUUCCUCUUAUUGAUACAACAGAGGGAACAGGAAGCUGCUGAUAAGUUGCAAGACACUGUUUCUCUUUUGUGCUCGGAUAUUGAAGAGGUCAUGAAGCAUCAAUCAGUUCAAGGGAAUAAUGGAAACACAGCUGCAGAAAAAGGGAAGGAAGAUCUUAUGACUUCUGAACUCCUGCUCAUGAACCCAUCUCAAACAGAUGAUUGUUUAGGCCUGGGUUCUAGAAAACGAUCUCGACCUGGCUGUCAGACUCAGAAUGCUGAGGAAUUUGAUGAUAAUUUGGAGGAUGCUCAAAACUCAAGUAUAAUGCCAUCACAAGCUCAAGGAAGUUUACUGUUCAAAAACUCACGACUCAUGAAAAACUUCAAGAAGUUAGAGGCAGCUUAUCUGCUGACAAGAUGCCAACCAGUAGCAACAAUAAGGCCUCUGGGAAGAUCAUUCAGUAGACAUUCCCCAGUGAGCAGUGAUGGAAGAGGUUCAGUUGUAGCCAGUGAAAGAAGCUCCAUUAGUGGGUUACAACCAAGAGCUCAGCAUGUUGUGGCCAGACAAACUGGGUGGAUUAGUCCGUUCCUUGAGGGUUUAUGCAAGUACCUAUCUCUGAGUAAGCUUAAAGUCAAGGCUGAUGUGAAGCAGGGAGAUUUAUUGAACUCCUCCAACCUAGUAUGCUCUUUGAGUUUUGAUCGUGAUGGGGAGUUCUUUGCUGCGGCUGGUGUAAAUAAGAAGAUAAAAGUGUUUGAGUGUGAUGCAAUCAUAAAUAAGAACCGUGAUAUUCAGUACCCGGUCGUUGAGAUGUCUAGCAGGUCGAAACUGAGCAGUAUAUGUUGGAACAGCUAUAUCAAAAGCCAAAUUGCUUCUAGUAACUUUGAAGGUGUGGUGCAGGUAUGGGAUGCUUCAAGAGGUCAGGUAGUAACUGAAAUGAGAGAGCACGAGAAGCGCGUUUGGUCUAUUGACUUCUCAUCUGUAGAUCCAACACUGUUGGCUAGUGGGAGCGAUGAUGGUUCUGUUAAGCUAUGGAGUAUCAAUCAGGGAGUAAGCAUUGGUACCAUAAAAACAAAAGCCAAUGUCUGCUGUGUUCAGUUUCCGCUAGAUUCCAGUCGCUCGCUUGCAUUUGGUUCAGCAGAUCAUAGAGUUUACUACUAUGAUCUUCGUAACUCGAGAGUUCCACUGUGCACGUUGGUUGGCCACAGUAAAACUGUGAGUUAUGUGAAGUUUGUUGACUCGACAACUAUUGUUUCUGCGUCGACGGAUAACACGCUGAAGCUCUGGGAUUUGUCAGCCUGUGCAUCUCGAGUCAUUGAUGCUCCACUGCACUCUUUCACGGGCCACAUGAACGUGAAGAACUUCGUUGGUCUAUCAGUGGCUGAUGGUUACAUUGCCACUGGCUCAGAAACAAAUGAGGUUGUGAUCUACCAUAAAGCCUUCCCAAUGCCAGCACUAUCAUACAAGUUCAACACCACAGACCCAGUUUCCGGGCAUGAAAUGGACGACACGUCACAGUUCAUCUCAUCGGUCUGCUGGCGGGGCCAGUCCUCGACCCUUGUUGCUGCAAAUUCGACCGGCAAUAUCAAAAUACUGGAGAUGGUUUGAUCCUAUUUGGCGAAGCAUACACGUUAUAUUUAUGUAGCAAUAAUUUAGAGCGAGCCAGCCAGCCAGCCGCAGAGACCCAAGGACCAACAGUUGUUAAAAAGCAAGCAGAAAGAGAGGAGUGGGGUGGGUGCUUAUUAGUAGUUUUUCAGCAUUAUGUUAGAGCCAGACGAUGUUUUAGAUGAUUGCUUAAUGCUCUAUGAAUCUAUAGUGUUUUCUAUUGAUUUUGGGUGGGUGGGAAACGGAAAGCAGAUCUGCAGAUGCUGUUAAUGGGGAAGAGAGAUGUACCUCUGCAUAAGAUUCAUCAACCACUGUCCACUAUGUAUAUUUUGUAAUGCUUAUCAUAGCUAAAACCAUCAUUCUUCGUGACGAGCUUCUAACCCAACCAGUCGGCCAUAAUUUUUAUUUUUAGUAAAUUAUAUUCUCUAGUUUAAUGAGGAUACUUUGAAAAGACCAUAAGGUAAUUUAGGUUAACAAAUUUUUGGUAUUUGUAGUUUCUUUUAUGUAAUUUUGUAUCGAACAAAUUAUUUAUUAAUCUAGAGAUGGCAUCGGGGCGGAUCGGGAUGAGUGAUUGGAGCACGCUCGAUUUGGGGUUGCAGAAGCGGAGGGGGGAGGGGAAUAAGAGGAAGAGAAGAGGGAAGGAGUGGAGAAUGGUGAUCAGAAGAGGGAGGAGGGGAACAGGACCGAAUCAACGGAAUCACGUGUCAGCUUUUUUCUUUUAUUAAAAUUUGAUAUGGAGGGGUAAUAGGGUAAAUUGUACCCCUAUUUAAUGCUGACGAUGAUGCUCUGACGCGGAUCCCACUCUCCCACCUCACACUAGUUCUCCUCUCUUUUACUCUUUUUUUUUAUUAUUAGAAAAAGUACAUUAUUUCCUCUCUCUCAUCUACAACAAAAAUAAUCUAACCAUCCUAGCUAUCUUUGCGGGUUGGAUCCGGUGCUUAAGCCUAUAAGUUUAAGCAUCUUCUUAAGUCAUUCUCAUUGGUUAAUAGUAGAUUAGGUAGUUAAUAGUGGUUAGUAGUUAAUUGUUAGUUGAGGGUAAAUGGGGUAUUAGACAAAUAUAAUUAAUACUAAUAAUUAAUGAUUUUAUUUCUCUUUCCUCCGUAACCUUCUUAUUACCCUCUCUCGUCACUAUCAUUAAAAGAAAAUUCAGAAUUAAUUAAAUUAAAUAUUAUUAUUUAAUAUUUAAUAAAUUCGGACUUAAUGUUUUUUCUUUCUUAAAAUGAAAAUUAAAAAUACCCGCUCUCUCUCACUUUGAGACAACUUGCAAUGUAGUAUUAACGUUUUACAAUGAUAUUAUUAACUUUUAUGAAAUUAAAAAUACAUGCUCUCUCUCAUUUUGAGACAACUUGCAAUGUAGUAUUAACGUUUUGCAAUGACAUUAUCAACAUUUAUGAAAUAAAUAAUUAUUACUAUACCUAAUCAUUAUUAAUAUUUUCAAUAUACUUAUCAAUUUUUUACAAUUACAUUAUUAACAAUUUUGGAUCAAUUAUUACUGUUUUACAUUUUUGACAUCAAUGCUUGUGAAUGAAUCAUUAAAGUCAUAUAACAUUGCCACUAAAAGUUUGAGUAGUGCAAUAUUAUUGAUUUACAAUAUUUUUAGUUUUUUACCAAUGAUUCGCAUUUUCAUCUCAUGUUUAUAACUAUCUAGUCAUGGCAUCUUCCAAUGACUUCUAAUGACAUUGUUAACAUUUUGCAAUCAAUUGAUAUUGCUUUGUAUAUCAUUCUCAGUGAUCAUGAAUCACAAUAUAGAUCUUCAAGAUCUUCGUCACUUGUGACAUAGUGCACCUGUGAUUAAGUCAAACAAACAUUAGUAAAGGAAACUCAUUGCAAUUUGAAUGAGUGAGGAAAAUGUUAAUAAUGAUAACAAAAACUUUAAUAACAUGACAGUUAAAAA